AUGACUCAUACUAAAAAAUUAAUAGAAAUUCCCAAAACUCAAUCUUUCACCAAUUCAAUUAAACCAGAUAAUCGAAUCCCCACCAUUGAAACCGCACUUAAGAAUGAAAAUGACAUUACAACAACCCCUAGAAACCUUCUUUCCGGGGCAUUCUCAUGGACAUUGCCAACACCAAGAAAAGAUUAUCAAUACCUAACUGCCAGUGAACCUGCUUUGGCUGAUCUCGAUCUCGAUCCUGAUCAAGCCUCUGACCCCGUGUUUCAAUUGAUCAUAAGUGGAGAAAUAUAUGAAGAUAAAAUCACCUUCGAAAAAGAAGGGCUUCCUAUGCCAUAUUCUCAAGCAUAUGCCGGAUGGCAAUUCGGACAAUUUGCCGGACAAUUGGGGGAUGGAAGAGUGGUUAAUCUAUUUGAGAUCCCAAAACGUCCUGAUCUCGCCCAGCGGGAUUUUUUAAAGAAUCGAAAUUUGUAUGAAUUACAAUUGAAGGGGGCUGGGAAAACUCCAUAUUCGAGAUUUGCCGAUGGGAAGGCAGUAUUAAGAUCUUCUAUUCGGGAAUAUAUCAUGUCUGAACAUUUAAAUGCAAUAGGUAUACCUACUACCAGAGCAUUAGCUCUAACUUAUUUACCUACAACUUAUGCUCAACGAUAUGCAGCUGAGAAAUGUGCCAUAGUGGCAAGAUUUGCUGAAAGCUGGGUCAGAUUGGGUUCAUUUGAUUUAUAUAGAUGGAGAGGUGAUCGAGAAGGAAUCCGUGAAUUAUCAGACUAUGUAAUCUCUGAAUUAUUCACCAUUAACAAUGUCAAAUUUCCGAAUUUUGAACGUAUUUCCAAACUCAAACCUGAAUUAUUCCAAAAUCCUUCAAAUUCAAUUGGGGAACUUUCAGAAUAUGACAAAAUGUUUUAUGAAACCGUGGUUAGAAAUGCCGAAACAAUAGCCAUGACUCAAUGUUAUGGAUUCCUCAAUGGGGUUCUAAACACCGACAACACCUCGGUUUUAGGCCUCACGAUUGAUUUUGGUCCGUUUUCAAUCAUGGAUAAAUAUGAUCCAAGCUAUACACCAAAUCUGGAAGAUCAUGAACAUCGAUAUGGAUAUAGAAAUACUCCUACGGCAAUGUGGUGGAACCUAACUCGAUUCGGAGAGGAUUUGGCCGAAUUGAUAGGAGCGGGGCCUGAUAUAUUAGCAGAUCCGGAAUUUAAGAAUGGGAUUAAGUUGGAAUGGGAAGAAGGAAUAAUUAAACGAGCUACUAAAGUGAUUGGAAUUGGGGGUGAGAUGUUUCAAUAUGCGUUUACGAAGAAAUAUGUGGAGACGAUGUAUAAUCGAUUAGGACUUUCUCAUGGAUUAAUUGAUGAAAAGAACCCUGAUUUGAUGAAUGUGGAUGUUAUUGCUCCGAUGUUGGAGAUGUUGCGGAGGUUACAAAUUGAUUUUAAUUUGUUUUUUUUAAAACUACAAGAAUUAGACCUUAGUCUGGCUGAUUAUGUUAGUGUGGUGGAGAAUUCAUUAUUGAAUAAGAAUUUCGAUUUUGAGAGUUUGAGAUAUCCCAAAGAUCUACUCUUGAAAGAUAUAGCUGAUUGGUUAAGACUCUAUCACACUCUUCAAGAAAGAUCGUCAACUUCUGAGGUUCCUCCACCUGAUCCAAAGAAAUAUAACCCUCUUUUCUUACCCCGGAAUUGGAUAUUGGAUCAAGUGAUUAAACAAGCUCAAGAUUCGAAAUGUGAGGAUAUUACAUAUUUGAAAAAAUUGGAAAAGAUGAGUUUUUAUCCUUUUGAUAGACUGAAAUGGGGAGAUGAAUUGAAGGAAGUGGAGGAAUCUUGGUUGUUACAGGGGGAUAAAGGAGAGGAGUUUGCCAUGUUACAAUGUGGUUGUUCUAGUUAG